ACGACGUUUAAGUUGGCGAGAUCCCAUCGACACAACUAGGCGAAGAAACAUGCAAUUUAUGACCAGAAUGACAAUAAACUCUCCGCGCAUGCAGACACGUUCCCAUUCUCUUUGCUGUCUCGCCGGGCGUUAAGUUGGCGAACUUCAGAUAAAGAAAGUUAAACAUACAAGGAAAGUUAAAGCUUUGCUUUAUUGGAACUUGCAAGUUUUAUAUUUUUCUGAACCCGCUUUGUUAAAGCAAGAAGUCUCAGGAUGGAGAAGAAAGAAGAAGAACAAGGAGGCCGCCAGAGCUGCAUCCAGGCCAGGCAUUUCACGAUCUGCCGCUCGAAUUCCAGCGUGAGCAGCCGUUGCUCAGGACAUUACUCCCACAGGCACAGCAGCGCCAAUUACCGCAACUCCAUCUCCUCCGGGGUCUACCAGCAGCUGUCCAGCUCUGGAAUACUCGACUUAAAGGACAACCGCGAGAAGGAAAAACGUGAGAUGCAGAACCUGAACGAGCGUCUGGCAGACUACAUCCAGAAGGUCCACUUUCAACAGGCUAGAAUCAAUAACCUCGAGGCUGAGAACGACGCUCUGCGCAGCAGGAAAAGCCAAGAUUUUAAACCCAUUUGGGACGACUACGACAACGAGCUCCAACAGGCACAUAAAGUCCUCCUAGAGCUACGCGGUUCCGAUGGGGAAAGUAAGGUCAAGGUGAUCGGCCUGGAGGAUGAGAUCGCAUCCCAGCGCGAAAUCAUUCUUAAACUAGAGAGCCAAGCUAAAGACUACAGAAAGACGAUUGAAACCUACGGAAACAAACUUGGAGAGUGCGAGGGAGAACUCCAGACCCUGAGAAACAGAAUUAACUUCCUUGAAGAUGAAAAUACUAAGAUCCGUGAGCUCUUGGAGCAAGCUAAAGCCCAUUGCAGACGUCUUCGCUCAGAUCUGGACGUUGAGACAAUAGCUCACAUUACGGCAGAUUGUCUGGCCCAGACCAAAAGUGAAGAGGCUGAGUUCUACAGAGCUCGGAUUGAGCAGUUUGAGUUGAUGAAGCCUGAACCAAUCCUAAUCAAGGGCAUGGGCUAUGUUGACUUCUGGAAAUCUGAAUUGGCUAAGUGCGUCAGAGAGAUCCAGACUACUUUUGACUAUAAGGUUGAUCAAAUGCAACAAGAAUGUGAAUUUAAAUACAGUACUCAAAUUGAGCAUCUGCGCUGUGGCUUUGUUAGGGAUGACGCGCAAUUAUCGAAGCUCCAAGAAGAGUGCAAGACACUGAAAAGUCAAAUCCAGCAGAAGAAUGCUGCUUUUACUGAGGCUACUUCCAAGAUUGUCGCCAUCCAAAGUGAGCGUGAUGAUUUGAUUUAUCGAAUGAGUGAACUAGAGCGCGAGUUCGAUGAUCUGAGAUUCAAGUACAACAGGGACUGCGAGGCCAGGGACGAAGAGCACCAGCGCCACCUUAUCCAGAUGAAUAGCCUUACGGCUACCAAUGUCAAUUUGGAGAUGGAGAUUUCAAUCUACAAGAAGUUGCUGGAGGGCGAAGAACAAAGGGUUGGUCUUGUUGGUUCUGGUGUGAGAUCUUUCGUUGAACAAGCCAUCGGAGUAGAAGGAAAAGAAGCUGCCAAUCUAAAGGCUGUCAUCCAAUCAUCGCAUGAGUAUAUGACAUCCCAGCAAGGGAAUAACAAGAUUUCAUACACUGGUCCUAUUCGAUUUGACUACUUUGAUCAAAAUGGUGGAUAUAUUGUUAUUGAAAACGAUACAUCUGUUUAUGGUGCAAAGAGCCAGAGUUUGAAGGGAUGGAAACUGGUAAAGACAUCUGGUGGAAAGACCACUUGUGAGGUUGAUUUGAAAGAUUUUGAACUGACAGCAGGUAGCAAAUACACUGUAUAUGCCAAGGUUCUCAAGGAUAGUACAAGACUUGAUAACGAACAGAUUGCAGAUGUUCCCACAUUUGGUAGAGAAUCCUGUAUUUGGAAACUGCUGGAUGAAGCUGGCAAUGAGAAAUCCACUCUGAAUGCCAAUGUCGUACGUUAAAAAGAGUCAACUUGCUACACCUGACGUGGGAAUGUAGACCACUCUUACUUCUCCAUUUCCAUUUCGUUAUUUGGUUGAAUGGCAGCAUUUACAUUUCGAGGGCAUGGAGACAUGGGGCGGGUUAAGAGAGGGAUACUUUUUAGAGUGCAGAAACAAUUAGAUAACCGAUACAGGUGUAUUUAGACUUUUAAAUUGGAAUUUAUUUGGUCAAGGCGUAUGUUAUAUAAACUGAACAUAAAAACUUGUAAGCAAUUGUUUUUAAAUAAUUUUCAAACUGUUGUACAGACUGAUAUUUUCAUUUUUUUUUUCAAAAAUUUUUUAUACCUAUCUUGCACAAACCAUUUUUCUAACAACUUAAUAAUCACCGAUACUUCAAAUUUUCAACCUUUUAAGUACGAUCAUUGAUAUAAUUAAAUAAUGAACACUGAAAUUUUAUAAUAUAGAAAAGAUAAAGAAUGAUAAAUGAUUCUAGGUUUAUGUGUUUUACAGUAAAAUGCCUGAAUCUGUAUUCUGCUGCAGUGAGUGUGAUCAUGUUUUGUCAAUAUUCCCAGCAAAUGGUUGAUUGUGUGCUUCUCCAUUUCAUGUGAUUUUU